AUGUCUUACCAGCAGGAGCGGCUCAUUGCCGAACUCGCCGUUCAGCGCGCCAGCCUUUUGACCCAGAAGGUCUUCUUCGAGAAGGCCAAGGGCACCGUUUCGAAAGAUGACAAGUCUCCUGUUACCAUUGGCGAUUUUGGGGCACAAGCUCUGAUUAUUCAGGCCAUCCGCAAGAACUUCCCCAACGAUGAAAUUGUUGCUGAGGAAGAAGCCAGCUCUCUAAGAGAGGAUAAGGCUCUGAGCUCUGAGAUCUGGCGCUUGGUCAAGGAUAUCAAACUGGAGGAUGAGGAGAGCAACAAUUUGCUGGGCGGUCAAUUGCCAAGUGAGGAGGCCAUGCUGGACAUUAUUGAUCAGGGAAAGAGCGCCGGUGGUGCUCAGGGACGUAUCUGGGCGCUGGACCCCAUUGACGGCACCAAGGGCUUCCUUCGGGGUGGGCAAUACGCCGUUUGUCUCGGUUUGAUCGUGGACGGCGAUGUCCAAGUCGGGGCAAUUGGAUGCCCCAAUCUGCCCGUCGACGACUCUGUGACUAUCUCCUCCCAGACCGGUGCCCAGCAGACCAGUGAUGCCGGUAAGGGCGUCCUCUUCUCCGCAGUCAAGGGCACCGGAGCCACCAGUCGCCCUCUUUCCAACGGCACUCUCGCUGCCAGCAAGCCGAUUUCCAUGCGUCCCGUUCCCGAUCUUUCGCAGGCCGUCUUCUGCGAGGGUGUUGAGGCAGGUCACUCCGCCCAGGGCGACAACGCCGCUGUCGCCGAACUCCUGGGUAUCACUAAGCCCAGCGUGCGUUUGGACUCCCAGGCCAAAUACUGCUCCAUUGCCCGUGGAGCCGGUGACAUUUACCUGCGUCUGCCGGUCAAGAAGGACUACCAGGAGAAGAUCUGGGAUCACGCUGCUGGGGAUCUCAUCGUGCGGGAGGCUGGCGGCCAGGUGACUGAUAUCUACGGCAACCGACUGGAUUUCAGCAAAGGCAGGACCCUGGCUGCCAACAAGGGCGUGGUCGCGGCUCCCAAGGCCAUUCAGGAUCAGGUCAUUAAUGCGGUUAAAACUGUGUUGAAGCUAUAG